AAUGCCUAACGGCAAAGAAAAAAGAAAUAAUAUUAAAGUUCACAGAGCUCGAUUAGAUAUCUCUAUGGCUUUGAGUUUUGACUAUGAAUUUUGUUAUAAUACAUGCAGUACGGAUAAUUAUGACUGUUGUCUUGGUUCUUCAAAAUUGUCUAUAGAACUACUAGAAUCGUCCGUUGACCCUUUAAAAAUUGUUCUUGAUUUGCGCAAAGAUCUAAUGGAAAACCCUGUCUUUAUUUGUUGGUAUGAUAGAAGAUUGACAGUAUUGAAAUGUCCAUAUGGUCAGUUAAGCCUUCCUGAAGAAGCAACGGAGAGUCCUGUUGAGAUUUCGUUACAAGAGAAAUUUUACAAAGUUAAAAACAUCCUCCACGAUAUUAAGAAAAAAUGUGGGAAAGACGAACAAGCGUUCGUUAAAUCAAUAGUUUGUAAACCGGAUGGGCAAACAUUUACAAAGAAUUGUAAACUAAACAUUCCAUUUUUGUCUUCAAGUCGAGAAAAUGUUUUUGUAUUUCAUAAACAAAAACAGGAUUAUGAGAAAGUUGACAUUCUAAAAUGGGACACUAAUUAUAUUGAAAUUUUACUGAAUAGUUUCUCCGAGUAUAUUAUUGUUAAUAUAGAAGGAAAUAACAAAAUAAAAUUUUACGUCUAUGGCGAUGAAAUUAACAAGGAUACAACAACAAUUUUAAGAAUAUUUCCACAAGUGCAAAAUAAUCAAUUCGAUACUUGCUUUACACCUCAAUCAUUCUUUAAAAAUUUUACCAUUGAGAAAAAUGUAGUGAAAGAUGGUAACAUUGCGUGUUAUCACUCCAAAGACACUUUUAUUAACUCUGUAAAUUCAACAUCAUUUAAAAUAUGGGCGGAAAAUGAUAUUUGUCACACUUCAGUCUAUUCCCGACCUUUUCAAUGGAUAAUUAAUGAAAAACGUGAUUUAACAAUAAAAUUUACCGGAAGUAUGUCCGAUAAUGAUCCAAUUACGUUGAGUACGAAUAAUGAAGCUGAAAUUGACUUACCUAAUACUCAUAAUUUCGUUAUAAUCACUAAUGACGUAAUUAGAAAUAUGGCGAGUGUUUGCACUGCUGAAAUGAUACUCAAACUAUAUAUUUACGUUGUUGACGAAGCAGUUUUCUUAAUUGGCAAAAAUUUUGAAUAUUCCACAUAUUUGAGUUAUUUGAUAAAAAUUCGAAGUUACCUCUGGGAGAAACUAGAAAAUGUAGAAAAUCCAAUACAGAGAGAAAAAGAACUUGUUCUAAAACUAAAGAAUUGUAUGAUAAGUAAGGGCCUGUUAGACUUGAAAAUGAAACUAGAUGAAAUAUGCUAG